CUGAGCUGAAUAAGAGCCAUAAUAAAAGUAAACCGAAAGCACUUUCACACACUGAAGAACUCGUAGUGUGAACUGACAGGAAUAGAGAUUCCCAGUCUCUCAGAGUCUGGGACUGCACGGAAAACCAAACCAAAGCAGAAAGGAAGCAGAAGUGAAACAAACAGUAAAUCUGCUCCAUAUGGCGACCAACAAGAGUAAGAUGAGUCUCAGAGAAGAUCUGACAUGUGCCAUCUGCUAUGAGCUCUUCAAAGACCCAGUGAUGCUGGGCUGCAUGCAUCACUUCUGCAGGACAUGCAUCGUCUCAUACUGGAAGACGGUCAGGGGUCCUGUGUCCUGUCCUCAGUGCAGGCAAGAGUUUCCCAACAAAUGCUUCCAAACCAACUACUUAGUAGCUGGCCUUGUGGAGAAGGUCAGGGCCAGCUCCACAUCUGCAUCUGUCAAGUAUCUGGAGAAACAAUUAAAGGAAUGUCUAGAAUCCCAGUUCUCCAUGAAAGAUGCCUACGUCAAUAUGAUCCGUGAGGACAAAGACAAGAUGGAGAAAAUAAAAAAAAUGGGAUCUGAGCUGCAGGGUCGAGUGCACAGUGACUUCCAGGCUCUGCAUCACUUCCUGCGGCUGGAGGAGGAAGCCAUGUUGGAGCAGUUGAAGAGUGAACAAGAGGAAAUGCUGCAGAGGCUGGAGCGACAUCUGGAGGCCCUACAGGUGGCAAUCAGUGACGUGGAGCAGAACAUCAACAUGCUACGACAGACUGCCAGCAGCACAGACCAAUCUGUUCUUGUAGAGCUUCCAGAAUUGAACUACAAAUCGCCAAUGCAAGAGCUGAAUAUCAACCUGAAUACUUUCAGAAGCAAACACAUUGCUCCUCUACAAUACACUAUGUGGCGAAAAAUGUUUCAACAUUUGAAUCCAGGCCCAGCACCAUUGAUAUUUGAUGAAGACACAGCUCAUCCAAGUCUACAGCUUUCCAGGAACAAAACCCAAGUCAUUGAGAGCGACAAAAUGACCAGUUACUUGUGUGAUGCCAAACGCUUCCUUCAGUGUGUUAACAUUCUUGCAACAGAAGGCUUCCAGUCAGGCAGGCAUUACUGGGAGGUGGAUGUAAGUAACAAUCCCAAAUGGGACCUGGGUGUUGCUCUGGAAUCAGUGAAUCGUCAGGUCAGAGUCAAGCUGUGCCCUGAGAAUGGGUACUGGACCCUCCGGCUGCGCAAUGAUAGCCAGUACUCGGCCGGCACGCAGCCCUGGACACCCCUGAAUGUGAUGACCCCACCUAGCAGGAUUGGGGUUUUCCUGGACUGUGAGGAAAGGAAAGUGUCUUUUUAUAAUGCAGAUAACAUGACGCUGCUGUAUUUCUUCUCCAGCGGGCCAAGAGGAAAAGCAUUCCCCUUUUUUAGCACGUGUCUCAGGGAACCCAGUCAGAAAGCCCAAGCCAUCCGCAUCCUCCACUUCCCCUUUUAGUGUCCAUCAGAGAUGUAAAACAAAGCCUGUAGACACUCUAGUAACCUGAGCUGUGUUCAUGAGUCUGUACUUGCAUGAGGUUUUCAAUAUUUCACAUUUGGCGUAACUUUUGAUACAUUAAAGCCAUGCAGCCCUCAAAAUGCUCAUCAGUUCUAAUGAGGUGAAUUUAUUUUGUUUGUAUUUCGUCAAACAGACAAAAGGGAUCACACAAAAUUCUUAAUUAAUUUUUGUACC